AUGGCAGCCCCGAAGGUAGCAUCGAACGGAGCAUAUCGGCUCACCUGUCACAUGUUGUUUGCCAGGGCCGAAGCAAUGCGGCCAGUUGGGCACGGAGGAAUGGCCGCCUUGUUCAACAGCUUAGCUAGGAAUCAAUCGUUGCGGAAGGAAUCACUGAUUGUGUGUGCUGGUCGCCGAUUCUCCACCGCGACAGUAGCGAGCGGAUGCAGCAAUCGUAGCAACAGAAGUACCCGAAAACCCAGCAUCAUCGAAAGCGUAACCUGUCGCGGAUAUAGCAACACUUCCAGCGAACGCGACACCAGCAGUGAUAUGAUGAGCAGAAGGCACAGCAGCAGCAGCAGCAGCAGCAGUAGCAGUGCAUCCAGCGCGACCACCAGCAAUGCUCCGGAAGACGUAAGCGUUCGGUACUAUCGCGGAUUGCCCCACGUCACCGUACCACUGCCCUCGCGGAACGAACGCUGCCAGUUCACGCUGCGACCGGUAACGCACUGUGUAGGCGACUUUCUCGACAUGCUGAAGAUGGAGGACCGUGGCAUCGACCGGGCAGCCAUUCUUAACCGUGAAGGAGUGCGGAUAGCGGCCGCUUGCUCCAUCGAGAACCUGAUGGACGACGAGUUUUGGCUGCAUCUGAACGACAGACAAUACUACGUUAAGCCACCGAAACGUGAAAAAAUUACCUCAGAAGAAAUCACUAGACUAGGCGACGUACAGGCACUCGUGGCACAGCUGUACGAAGCGCUGCACGUGGGCGAACAUCAGGUUCAGAAGGAGCGAGAACUUAACGGCAAGCUGGAGCAGCUGAACGAAAAGCUUGGCCCACUGGAAGUGAAAAAGAACGAACUCGACCACAAGGCGGCCCGAAAGACGAAUGCCCUAACCUGGGUCGGUUUGGGCCUGAUGUCGGUACAGUUCGGUGUGCUCGCCCGGCUAACCUGGUGGGAAUACUCCUGGGAUAUUAUGGAACCGGUAACGUACUUCGUCACGUACGGUACGGCAAUGGCCGCUUACGCUUACUUCGUCCUUACCAAGCAGGAAUAUCUCUUACCGGACGUGAAAGAUCGUCAGCACCUGAUCACGCUCCACAAGGCAGCGAAGAAGGCGGGCGUUAAUCUGGCCGAAUACAACGACAUUAAGCGACAAAUAGCCGAAAUCGAGCACGAUCUGCGCCGGCUGCGUGAUCCACUGUACAUGCAUCUGCCGGCACCACCGCCAAAGACCAAAACGUUUAGCGCGAGCGAAAUUGCAUUGGCGAAAAAGCAGCAGCUGAAGGCCGCGCUCGAAAUGCAACCCGUGGUCGAUUCGGCCGGUGGUGCGCUCAAGAGCAAACACUAG